AGGUAUAAAUAGAGUGACUGGGAAACAGGUUAAUAGAAAUCCACAUAUUCUUCAGCCAUGAAGAUCGCAGUGUGUCUUUUGCUUGUGGCUAUCAGCUGCUGCUUCAAUCCUGCAGCAUCAAACUGUGAAAGGAGGUGUGCUUCUGUCUGCCGGCAAAGCCAGUUAACUGAUGUAACUUGCCUCCAAAAUGCCAUGUUCAAAAACAUGCCUGCAACUGUUAAUGCCAUGACAAACGUCCUUUGUGCCUAUGAUAAGGCUAAGGUUUCAGAAAACAAAGUAGUAGUAGUAAUAGCAAUUCGUAAUCUUCAGGAAAUUACUGGUUGUAAUCUUGCUAAUCUUUUGGGAGCUGGUACUACCUUAGAGGCAUUAUCUCUCGAUGUGACAGGAUAUCUUCAGAAUUUACUAAGGGGUAUACAUGAUAUUUUGAUGACCCUUAAUCUUGGAGAUGGCAUUAUACCUCAAUGUGGCUCAGUGAAAUCACUUCUCACAAAAACAGGCAGCAUACUGUCUUUAUAUUUUGUUCCUAGCUUUAUUGGACAAAGUCAGGCAACUAGACCAAUAGAUAGAGUGACCCGCCUUUUAGCAUUAUUACAGAUUCGGAAUCCAAAACUCCUCCAGCUUGUCCUAGAAGUCCUUUUGGGACCAGGUGUUUUGGUUAGAGAGUUAAUUGUAUCAUUAAGUGGGUUACCAGGAGUUGUUAUUAAAAAUGUUGGUGAUUUGGGUAAGAAACUUGAUGGAACCACAGCAAUGGUAACUGAUGUAACAGGGAGUCUUUUACAAUCCAGUGGAGGAACAGCAGGGUCAGUAACGCGGUCAAAUGGACUUUUGAGUGGGGUAACACAACUGGUGCCAACUGUGCUACAAGUAGUUAAUAGUGCUGUACAUACCAUUGGUGACACACUUGAAAAAGUCACAAAUUCUGUUGAAGGAUUGCUAGGUGGACCAGAUAGUGGACUUAUUAAUACAGCUACAGGGUUGAUUGGAAAUCUUGAUUCAAAUACUGGUAUUUUAGGAACUGUAGGCAGCGUUUUAGGUGAGCCAAAAAGUGGCCCUCUUGGAAUUGUUACAGAAAUAGCUCCUAACCUUUUAGAUGGGGUUUUAGGGGCAAAUGGCCCUCUUGGAAGUGUUGCAAAUAUUGUUCCUGAACUUUUAGGAGGGGUUCUAGGUACAAGUGGAAGUGGGUCAAACAGUGGCCCUACAAGAAUAAUCCCCAACCCUACAUGGGGAAGUGAUUCAACUGCUAUUCAAGCUUCAGGGGAAGUUACUGGAGGUUUAGAUGGAAAUGUUGCAAUGUCUGCAGGUGCAAAUUUAGAUUUAGGCAGACCUAUUUCAAAUACAGGAUAUCCUGGAGGAAGCAUGAUAGGAACUGGAGGUGUAAAUGAUCUUGGAGGCCUUUUUUCAGAAAGUGGAGUUGCAAGAGCAGCAGAUACCUCUGCUUAUCGGAUGACAAGCCUACGUCUUAAAUAAUAGAAAAGGGCACAAGAAAUCGUUUUUCAGUGCACAAAAGUAAAACAACGACAGCAAAUUUUAUUAUGUUACACUGCUGUAUGAUACAUAUAAAUCUCAUAUUGAUUCUGUAUCUCAUAUUUUAGAAUAAUGAAUGUUACAAAAUGAUAUAAUCAAUAAAUUGGCAUCAAAAUAA